AGAAUCCCGCGCUCAGCAAGUUUCGGUUUCGGCACAUGGAACGGAACUCGUCCUUUCCGAAAACCUUCGCUGAGGCCAGCUUUUCAUUCAACAACGAGCACUCGGUCCGAUCGGAAGGAUUUUACCAGCACCCGGAGGAUCCCCAGUGAAAAAAAUCAGAAACUUCCCCCAACUCCUUUCCAAAAACAAAAAACAAAAUCCAGGAUUACUGCUCCAGUAUUGCUUCCUUAUUUUUUAGGUUACCAGUCUGUUUUGUGCAUAAUAUUUCUUCCAUUUGAUUUGUGUGGUAGUAGUGCUAUGUUUCGUACCAAGUUACCCAGUGCUGUUGUUCCCAUUUUUUAACCGAAUUCGAUUCCAACGGAUGUUUAUGGCUAGGCUAGGGGAAAAAGAAAACCACUCACACUUUAGCAAAUCGACACCGCAUUUCUAUUCAUAAGAAGAAAAAACAAGCAAACUAGUGUGAUUUCAAAGUGUACCAAAUAAAACGGAAAAUUUGAAACCGCUCACAGUCCGUAAAAGUGUAAUUUGGUCGUUAUAUAUGAAAGGCCAAUGUGAAAAGCUUGAUCUCGGAACCCAGAAUCAUGCGAAAUAAUCGACUGCUUUUGCUUCUGCUAACGUACGCCAUCUUCCAAGGAUGCCGAGCCCGGGAUCCACCGACGGUGGACAUUCCGGACCAGGGCAAGGUUAUGGGGAUGUACGUGAAAAUGUUUCGGACCCAGAGGGUUCUGGCCUAUAUGGGGAUCCCGUACGCUCAGGCUCCGACCAACGAAAAACGGUUCUCCCCUCCGGUGGUAGAUAACUUGCCCAGCUGGGAGGGAACGAAGAAUGCUUCCACUAUGGGGCCGCAGUGUUGGCCCUCCCCUAGGGAUACCCAUCGGCGCCACAACCAACUCUUCCUGGAGCUCAUCAAACCGGCCAUGGCCGAUGAGGGUGGAAACUAUGACGAGGAUUGUCUGUUUCUGAACAUCUAUGUGCCGGAUGCCACCAUGCCAAUGGAAGGCUACUCGGUGCUGGUGUGGUUUCCGACGGCCGAUUUCGACGGGGACACCCCGUUCAUGCUCAAUCCGUUCCAGAUGGUGUUCAAGCAGAAGGUUAUCGUCGUCAUCGUCCAGUAUCGGAUAGGUAUUUUCGGAUUCUUUACUACCAUGGAUGGAGAAGCACCUGGGAACUUUGGGUUGAUGGAUCAGUCUGCUGCCCUGCUGUGGAUCAAACGGAACAUUAAACUGUUCAAUGGAAAUGAGGAGUCCGUGACGGUGGUUGGCCACGGGACCGGUGGAGUGUGUGUCGGGUUGCAUCUGACUUCCGGCGAGUGGACCCAGGAUAUGUUCCACAAGGCUAUCAUCAUGUCCGGCAGUGUUCUGAUGGAUUCAAUGGUGAAGAGUCCGAAAAUGUAUGCCCCGGCGCUGGACGAAAUGGCAACGGCUUUUGGAUGUUUCCGGCGGCCAACUUCCAGUUUGAUAGACUGUUUACGGAGAGUUGGUGGUCAAAUAUUGGCGGAAAAUUCGCCGCCCAUCGAUUGGGGACCAGUUGUAGAUCAGGGAUUGAGCAAUACCACAACUCCUUUUAUUCCUGAUUACCCGAUGAUGCUGGUCCAUCAGGGCAAACUUAGGAAGGUUCCUCUACUGAUAGGCCACACCGAUAUGGAGGAAGGCCUUGAACUGGCCGUUGGAGACAUGUUGGAACAUGGCAUUGGUGCAGAAAUGUUCGAUACUUUGCUGGGGGAUGCCGUUAUGAUGGACCUUACACUGAUGGACUUCAACGAUACCAUGUGUGGGGGUAAUAUGGAAAUUAUCAUGGAUGCCGUGCAGUUCCAGUACAAACCGUAUCCCCCGACGACGGAUCCGAUGAUGCUGCGGAAGCGCUACAUUGAAUUCGCAACUGAACGGAAGUAUCUGGCGCCGACCAUCGAACUGGCAAUGCACAUGAGCCAACAGGCGGAAACCUACGUCUAUCGGUUUGAUAUCAAGCCACGUACCGAGGCUGCCCUCAAGGACAUCCCCAUGUGGAUGGGUGUCCCGCACAACUUCGAUUUGCUCUUCCUCUGGGGUCUUCCGUACUGGCUGAUGCUGGCCGACAAGACCCAAUGGGACAACGCAGACAAGCGGGUCACCGACAUAGUGAUGACCAUGUGGGCCAACUUUGCCAAGUUCACCAAUCCGACCCAGGUCGGGGUGUACAUCAAGUGGGACACCUUCACCCACGAGGAACCGGGCGUGCUGAUCAUCGAUCGGUACUUCAAUAUGAGCGACCACACCACGACCGGGUUCCAUGCCGUCAAGUUCUGGAACCACUACUACCCGAGCGUGAUUACGUUUGCGGCCCAGUGCUGCAACUCGACGGCGUUCAGCGAUGGCGCCGCGGACAGUUACCAUAACAUGUUGAGUAGAUCCCUAAUGAUUAGUUGUCUAGUAGCGAAUUUUAUAUUGUUACAAUCAUUUAUUUACAUGCAAAUACAAUAUUUUUUCCAAACGUAACCAUCGGACGG